AUGAAUGGUACGGACGCCGAUAUUAUAGAGGCGGACGCCAUCGCUCCGCCGCCCCAGCCGCAUCCGCUCGGGUUAAGCGCCGACUUCAAAGGCGACGUGAGAAAUUUUCUGUCAAUGGCUCGCCAACUCAUCGAUCAAGGCAAGCCUUCACAGGCUCUCCAAGCGGUGGUGAUGGCAAUGAGAAUACGAGGUGGAGAUGGAGCUGUCUUCCAAACUUUUAGUCGAGCUCGAGAGCUAUACAGAAACAAAGUUCAAGAUAGUGCUGCUGCUGAUGAACUGUCUGCACUCUUUGCCGAGUGUGCAAUAGUGGAGGCGUUACCUCCCCAGUUUGAAUCGUGUCAGCAUCCCAUGGUUGGUCAGUCAAUUGAACCACAUGUUGAUGGAACUUCAAUACUUGCAGAGACGGGCAGGAAGCAAGUUGUGCUCGAUGCAUUCUCUGAUGGUAGCAGCUUUGUCUGCUUACAGUGUGGAGGUCUAGUUAGCAAUCAUUGCAAAGAGGCAUUCGUGGUGGUCGGAGAUGGGAAUGGGAACGGGAACGUUGGGCUCGACGUCAAGUGCUUGAAGGAAGUGACAACUGCGAUUCGUGGCUCAAUUAUAUCGGCUGAGCUUUCUGUGAUUCUGGUCAGGAGAGGGUACUGGGGGAACAAUAUUGGUAAACCACACACCAUUCCAUGUAAGACGUCUUCACCUCCUCUCGAGAUGGAGUUAAAUCUGCAGCAGAGGAAGAAUAGCAGCAGUAAAAUGAUGCUUAAAAGGGAGGAAAUACGGGCUGGAUUAGGUUUGCACUCGGGUUCAGGUUUUUUGCCGCCACAUUUGUCUGAUCCAACUCCUAGCCCGGCUAUUUCAGAGACAUUUGGAUGA